CUUAUUGAAUGAAUGUUCCCACUCGUGGGCUGCCCCUCCUUGGAAUUCACCUCAGUGCGCCCCGUCGUCCACAAGAGGUCAGACACAAACAGCAAGAGUCAUAAAUUCAAACGAUCAACAACGAUGUAAGAAAGAUGCGUCGGAAGUUAAAGAAAUCGGGAAAUGCGCCGCUUGUGAUGUGAAAUGAGAGGCGGGCGUGACGUGGCCUGCCCGUCACGCCUUCCCCCCCUGUCCCGUUAAGGCUUGCAGGUUCACGCCGUCACUCAAGUCCCGUGCCUCGGAUCAAAACACUAAAACCCGCCACGCGGAGGCUCCGCGAGCGACGUUUCCUCGCCCCCACUUUGAGCCCCCUUUGGGAGUCCCCCGCGAACUCCCCGCCCGCCCCCGGCCGCGGAUAGUCUCGGGGGCUCGGCUCGCCGCGCACUUUGCCCCGCAGCCGCAGGGAUGGCGGCCAGCGCGAGGCUCGACUAUGUGGCUCCGUGGUGGACCUACUGGCUGCACAAUUUCCCUCACUUCGACUUGUCCUUCAAGCCCGUGGACGGCACCUUCAGACCCGAGCAGGGGAACUACCAGCAGUCGGUGGCGGUCCUGGCCUGCGUGGGAGCGGCGGGCCUGGCCGUCAGCCUGCUGCUUCUGCUUCUCUUCUUGCUGUGCUUGCGCUGCCGUCGCAGGGACGUGGACCGAGACGCCAAAAGACCCGAGAGGACCCGCUGCGCGACGUGGUCGGCCGCCGUCGCCGGGCUUAUCGUAUGCUGCGCUGUGGCAGUGGGUUUCUAUGGAAACAGCGAGAUCAACGACGGCACGUACCAGUUGACCUACGCCAUCGUCAACGCCAAUCGCACUUUGGCCAGCAUCAGCAGCCUGUCGGCGGCUUCCCUGGGAAACGCCGAACGGGGUCUCAAGCGGCACCUGGAGCGUCUGGACGAGAUCUUCGCGCCACGGCCCGACUACCUUCAGGCUCUGCGCUUCAUGCGGCUGAUGGCCGACAACGUCAUCCGGGAGCUGGCGGCCGUGCCCGACUUCGGCGAAGCCAACGUCAACCUGACCGCCGUCGCCACGCGCGCGGCCUUCGUCGAGUAUUACAGGUGGCUGAGCUACCUGCUCCUGCUGAUCCUGGAUCUGCUCAUCUGUCUGGCCGUGGGCCUGGGGAUGGCCAAGCGGGCUCGCCGGCUGCUCAUCAUGAUCAUGGGCUUUGUGGUGCUGUCUGUCAUCCUGAGCUGGGCCUCACUGGGAGCCAGCUUGGCUGCGGCUGUGGCCACCAGUGACUUCUGCGUCUCUCCCGACAAGUUCAUCGUCAACCAAACCACAGAUUUCCUCAGUGCAGAUGUCACCCACUACUACUUGUUCUGCAGUCCGAAUCUGGCCAACCCCUUCCAACAGUCGCUGACAAUCUGCCAGCGCUCGCUGACCACCAUGCAGAUCCAAGUCCAGGGUUUGCUGCAGUUCUCCGUGCCCGUCUUUCCCACCGCUCAGCGAGACCUUUUAGGCAUCCAGCGCCUGUUGAACACCAGCGAAUUUCAUCUGCACCAGCUGACGGCCUUGCUGGAUUGUCACGGGCUGCACAAGGACUACCUGGACGCCCUCACGGGCGUGUGCUACGACGGCGUGGAAGGCCUCCUCUACCUGGCUUUGUUCUCCGUGCUGGCGGCGUGCGCGCUCUGCGCCACGCUGGGCGCAAUUUUCCGAGCGUGGACGCAAAUGGGCAGCAGGGACAAAGAGUACGACGACAUGGACGAGGAGGACCCGUUCAACCCCGGAGCGCGACGCCUGUCCUCCGACCCGAGGAGGUCCACCGUCCACAGUUUCUGCAGCUACACCAGCAGCGCCGGCAGCCAGGCCAGCGUCCACCCGCCUGCGCCUCAGGCGGCCAGCGGCGUGCCGCCCGCCCCGGAAUACAUGAAUCAGUCCAUGCUGUUUGGCGGGAGCCCCCGAUACGAGAACGUGCCGUUGAUAGGCAGAGGAUCCCCGCCGCCGUCGUACUCGCCCGCUAUGAGGACGACUUACCUGUCCAUGAGCGAAGCCCAGAGCCGACACUUUGGCACGGACUUUCAGGUGUAGCCGGCGCCGCCGCCAAACACACGGUGAGGAACUCUCUUCGUGCGUCCGUCCUGUUGACUGAGCCUGCGCUCUGCCGGCCAUGUGAGGCGCCGACCUCGAGAGGACGCGCGCCCGCGCGCCGUAUGUUGCCUUGGCUGCGUCGUAGGCAACUUGGCCCCCCCGUAUUCAUUGUUUUUGAUUCUUGUUGUCCUGUAUGACUGCAUGACUUUGAUUGACCGAGUGGUUAAAUGUAUCGCCUGAAAUUUUUUUGCCUUAGAAGACCGAGCGGGCCUCGACAUCAGCUUCACCCGCUCGUCUAACUUGAUCCAGUACAAGAGCAAAAGUCAGUCAUUGUGACAGUACAAGUUCCCUCAACAUCACAAUUUACUUUUAAAGUAAUAUACUGUAAAUACUAAACGUUACAUAUAGAAUAAAAACAAUGACACAUGGGCGUAAUAAUCAAUUAGUCGAUUCUCGCUAAGGAUUUGGCCUGCUGUUUGGAAGUGAAUUUUGAAAAGACAUUUGAACCCACAAUCCCCCCUAAAACGAGGCGGACGCAUCAUGCCGCCCGUAAACAUAAUCCAACGUUCAGAAGUGAUACCGGAUUAGAAUUCUUUGCAGCCAGUGUGGUGAGAAAUCCAACCAACGUCUUGAACAUUCAGCGGAAUUCUCCCAUUCUUUUGGAGACAGCAUUUGCAUCGGAUGAUAUCAGAUUUUGUGCUGAAGAACACGCGACAAUGAAUUGUUGACGUGUCGAACUGUGCGAUAUUUCACUGGACUGAAUAAAGCACGGCAGAGCCUGUCGGACGAUCACUAAGUCGCGUUCCCUUGGCGACCUGCAAAGCACAAUCACUUGAUGACUUUUCAGAUGUAUGCAGAAAUUGUCUGUUUCCUCAUGAGAUCUUGUCAAAAACGGUUGGCGGCCUUUUUAUUGUAUCCAAGUAAACUAAUGUUUGUCA